AUGAUGCCGGGCAUCAGCAAGGGAAAGGGAAAAGCUAUCAACAUCAUUCCAGAAAAGGAACUGGAGAUCUCAGAAGGGUCUGAUUCUGAGUCUGAUUCUAAUGUUACAUCGUCCUCGGACACAUCUACGUCCUCAGAGGACGAAAGCGAUGUGGAAAGCAACACAAAAAUCAUGAAAGAACGUCUUGACUCUCUGUUUCAAAAGGUCUUGCAAAAAGCGCGCUCUGCUGAAAACCAGGAUGGAGACAAAGAGGAGGAAAUAAUAAUCUUGACAGAUGAAGUACCGCUUCCGCGUCUAAACCCAGGGAAACUUCCCUCUCCUUACAUCAAAUUCGGAGAAGGACGCAACGACCCGUCAACACUGCGAGAUCCGGCCAUCGAGCGGGUAGAAAGGGCUACUGCUUCACUUUUAGGUCCUGCACCUCCCGUGCCCCCACCCGAACUGACGAGCUCCGGGAAGCCAUUAACAAAGAAGCAACGGAAGGAGCUGAAAAAGAAAACUGCCGGGCCCGACUGGUUUGACCUUCCAGCUCCGGCAGAGGCAGACCUUCCUCGUCUGCAUCGUGAGGUCGAAGCCUUACGCCUACGGAAUCAAUUGGACCCCAAGCGUUUCUACAAGAAGGAAGAAGGGGAAGGGAAAGGGAUCAAAGGUUUACCAAAAUAUUUUGCGAUUGGCACCAUUCUGCCAACAACGACACCAUUCGGAACACCGAGCAGCGACAAUCUCACGAGGGCGCAUCGCAAGAGGACUCUGGUUGAUGAAUUAGUUGACGAUGCAGAGACCAAACGAUAUGCCAAAAAGAAGUUCGAAGAACUCCAGGUAGUGCGGGGUGCUCGUGGAAGGGGAACACUCCGGGCCAAGCAGGAGUUGCGCAAGGGAAAAUGGUAG